CGAAAAGCACUUAGAAAAGCGAGGAGUCGCUACGCUCGAAAUUCGUUUGUGUGUCUGACCACGUGAAGUUUAGCGAAAUACUUUUAAAAAUAUCAAGAUGGCUACUAUGCCCUUAAACCCAAAACCUUUCCUUAAUAGCUUAACUGGUAAACCAGUAGUAGUAAAAUUAAAAUGGGGAAUGGAAUAUAAAGGAUAUCUUGUAUCUGUUGAUGGAUAUAUGAACCUUCAGUUAGCCAACACAGAAGAGUAUAUUGAUGGAAAUUGUACUGGAAAUUUAGGAGAAAUUCUUAUCAGAUGUAACAAUGUGUUAUAUGUAAGGGGAGUUGAAGAGGAAGAAGAGGAUGGAGAAAUGAAAGAUUAAAAUUUUCUGUUAAAAAUAUUUUCUUUGUGGUACAUGUUGUCUGUAUUUUUAUUUGUAUAAAAUACAAAAUAGUUGAUUAAA